GUAAUUUAGUCAGCGGCUGGGCGCGACUAUGAAAACUGAUCAUGUUGAGUAAAGUUGUGACCCUAUUGGAACAUAAUAUGUCACUGUGACGGUGAUCGUGUCCACUAACGGAUGGAUGUUAUUAGACUUCGAAUUCCGGCCGGCUCUCCCCUCACACCACUUCUAAUCCCUAUCCUUCCAAAUUGCCUUUAAACUCCAAAUUAUGUCUACCAUGGACGGUGGUACUGAAAUGUCAGAGCAUGGCGACACGCUGCUAACUACUAGAGAUGAGAGGCAAGAACUUAUAGAGCCGUUAUUGACCCCCGUACGUGGAUUUUCUCAUACGACUAACCCUCACAACUUCACUUUGCUACAGAUUUCUACGCCAAUACAGGGGGAGAUGGCAGAUGAAUCCCUUGCUAGCUCCGUGUCGACAGCCUUCAGUGGUUCUUCUGGGCACGACGACGGAUCCCCAGACCUUGUCUUCAUAUCUGCUGACAAAGUCUCUUUCCACACCCACUAUGCCCGUGUUUGCAAUGCAUCAUCGAACAACUUCAAUUUCUUGCUGCCGAAUUCACCUGAGGCUCUGACGGAGACGGGAGUAUUCCAACUCGCAGAAGAAGCUGCUGUUCUCAAUGUCAUUUUCCAUUGUAUUUAUAAGCUACCUUUUGAGAUUUAUGAUCCUGCGCUGUCGACUCUACUCUCUGUGGUCGUUGCCUUACAAAAGUAUGGACUAUCACUGCAACAAUACCUUAUCAUUGGCACGCCCCUUUACCAGCAGAUGUCCCUGAAGACAGCCUCCUCACCCAUCGAUGUCUACACAGUUGCGGCAAGCAACGACCUCUUCGAUCUCGCUUCUGUGGCUUCAUCAUACCUGCUCUCAUACCCUGUGGAUGAGCUCUCGGACGAGGUGUCGAUUACGAUGGGCCCAGUCUAUUUACGUCGGCUCUUCUCCCUUCACACCCAACGAUUGAAGGCUCUGAGAGCAUUGAUGGCCUCACCUCCUGUAGAGCACCCAUCGACCCCAGCCUGUGGUGAAGUCGAAAAGAAGCGCCUCCCGAGAUCAUGGUCGUUAUUCUGCACAAGUAUCGCUUUCUAUGCAACCCCAGACAUGUCUUCGGUCAAAUUACGCUCCGUCCUCGAGACCCUAGGUGAAUUGAUGUUAUGUGACGUCUGCAAGCAAAGUCUGCUUGAUAGGGUACAAGAACUCGUCGUGCAGUGGUCAGCCAUCCCUAUGACUAUCCUUAGGGAUCCAUUGGGUUACCGCGCAGGUACGUAGGUGUUCCCGUGGAAGGAAAGCAGGAAAGUAGAUACCCCCAAUUGUCGUCAUAUAUGAUACCUGUAUAUUGUAUUUCGUCCUCUACCUAGCCUAUUGCUCAGUGUAUGAAAUUAAAUUGACUCUCCUCUCCCUUCUGUAUCAACGCCGUGUCUUCUCACAUACGAGCAUGCUGGAUCGUGGUAAUGUUUGCUGUUCAACAUAAAAGGUGGGUCUAUGG